AUGGAUAAGUGGCCGGAAUGUGCAGCCAAACCGAACAAGACAGCCGAAACUGCAGCACGAGCAUUGGUACAAGAAGUCUUCUGUCGAUUCGGCGUUCCAUUCGUCUUACACUCUGAUCAAGGACACAUCUUCGAGGCAGGUGUCUUCCAAGCCUGCAAGCGGCUGAUGACAGUUGAAAAGACACAAACCACGACGCUGCAUCCACAAUCAGACGGAAUGGUAGAACGCUUUAAUCGCACGUUGCUAGAUUACAGUUCCACAGUUCACGAAAGGUCCGCUUAUUUGCCCGCAAUGCUAACUUUUGGAAGAGAACUUAGACUGCCCAACAAUUUACUAUUUGGCCUACCAACUCCUGUCCCUACGGAAGUCCCGGGAUUCCUCGCUAAACUGCAAAAUCAACUGCGGGUGGUAAAUGCGAACGCUCGCCGCCAGCUGCUAACGGCCGCCCAGACUAACAAAAUCCGCUAUGACCUGGGUGGAAACUCAGACACUAGGCAAACUGUCCGCAUUAAGUGGCGUUCCCACUUUCUACGGUUGGCCACAGAGAGUUUUUUUUGA